CUCUACCUACCUCUGUUGACCAGGGCAAGACGAGAUCCAUAAAGGCUGUCUCCGCAUCUUCUCAGUUGGCCAAUCCACACGACAGUCACCAUGUCGAGCGCUCAAGGACAGAACGACGAGAAGCCCACCAACGGCGUGCAGCCUGGCGACUUCAAUGGCGUCGGUGCUCAUGACCAUGCCGGUGGUGUAGCCACGCAACGAAAGCCAUAUGACUAUGGUGGCAACCCACUCGCGCAUGUCAACACUGGCGACUCUGCUCGUCUUGCUGCCUUCGGGGGUGAGCUCCAGCCAGGUCUCUACAAAGUCGACACGAACCGCAAGAUCGCCAACCCAGCUCCUCUUGGACUCUGUGGUUUUGCUCUCACCACUUUCCUGCUCUCUCUGAUCAACCUGGGAACCUGUGGUCUCAGCGAGCCAAACCUCGUGAUUGGUGCUGCUUUCGCGUACGGUGGACUUGUCCAGCUUCUCGCUGGCAUGUGGGAAAUGGCCAUUGGAAACACUUUCGGUGCGACUGCCUUGUCUUCAUACGGUGGUUUCUGGAUUGGCACAGCCAUCAUCUUGACUCCAGGCGGUUUCGAGAUCAUCAAGACACUUGAGGCCGACACUCCGUAUCCAUUCUUGAACUCUUUCGGAUUGUACUUGAUGGGAUGGUUCAUCUUCACCUUCCUUCUCCUGAUCCUGACUCUCCGAUCGACCGUCGCCUUUUUCUUCCUGUUCCUCACCCUGGACCUGGCUUUCCUCAUGCUCGGAAUUGGCUAUCUCGUGAACGACGGUGGCAAACCAAACACCAGUUGCAUUCGCGCUGGCGGAGCUUUUGGUAUCAUCGCCGCUUUCGCAGCCUGGUACAACGCGCUCGCGGGCAUGGCCGAUUCCAGCAACUCGUUCUUCGUCGUUCCAGUCGCCCACUUCCCAUGGUCCGACAAGGGACGCGAGAAGCGUGGCAAGGUCAACAACGACGAGGCUCGCGCUGCCCAGCAGGUGUAAAAAGCAUGAUUGUAAAUACCGACGUUAUGAUACCCCAUGAGUACGACAGGGCCGCUUGCACGGAGUAGGAUAACGGCCACAAGAGCUUUUGGAAUAAUGAUACCAUCUCUGUAAUGAUGCAAACUUAAUAAUACCAACAUCAACCAGAUUAUUGCUUCAG